CAGUGUACUUUACCAAAAAAAAAAAAAAACUAAUAUUUUUAAACAAUAUUUUGCUACUCCUAUUAAAUUUUAAUUAUACGGAGUAAUUUAAAAGUCAAAAUCUAUGAAAAGGCAUGAUUACUUUAUUUUUUAAAAAAUUUAUCAUUAAAUACCAUAACCAUAACGGUCCAUAACAACUCCUAUCCUCUUAUUUUCUUUCUGUCUAACUAGUAAAAUGGUGCACUUUCCUUUCUUUCUGCCAAAACCAAACAUAGCCUAAACCCUAAACCCGUCAACAUCAGAAAUUGAGACAAUGAAUAACAAAGCCUAAAUGGCUAACGUCGACGGAAUCUCAGCCGCCACGGAAUCUUUUUCCGGCGUCGAUGACCUUAUCCAGGAAAUCCUUCUACGUCUUCCGGCAAAAUCGCUCAUGCGAUUCAAGUCAGUCUCCAAAACCUGGUUCUCUUUCAUCUCCAGUCAUCACUUCUCUCUCCUCUGGCACAAUCAUCGACAACUAUCCGAUCCUAAGGUCUCCGGCCUCUUCUUCUCCUACAGCGGUCCAAUCGAAGGUAACAGUAUCGAAUACAUUCCUCUCAAGGAAAAUCUUGAUCACAGAGAAAACGAUUCUCACUUCAUAUCUCGACUUCCCGGUUUCGAUGAACGAGUACUCUGCUCCACUGAAACACAACUUGUAGGCUCUUCUAAUGGCUUAUUACUUUAUUGUCAUUUGGAUUUAUAUGAGAAUCACUAUCGCUUUAGGGUUUAUAACCCCGCUACGAAGAAAUUCUCUGAUAUUCCCUGGCUUUGGGACCCGAAUGAAUAUCGGAGUAUACAUUUGGUUUUUGAUCCUGUUAAAUCACCUCACUACAAAGUUGUUGCCAUUCGUAGCCCUAGGGAUUCGAAAAUUUUCUGUCAAAUUUCCGUAUAUUCAUCCGACACUGGUGCUUGGAGACCCUCUGGGGAUCGUUUCAAGGUACGACCUGAUACAAAAUUUGGGGAUAGAGUCUUCUGGAAUGACACCAUCAUUUGGUUUUACUACACCCGGGAAGCUUCUCUGUGUUUCAAUGUGGAACAAGAGCGACGAUUCACGAUCCCACCACCAAGGAUUCGAGGGCGUUCCCUAAAACCUGAAGAUGCAACCUUUCGGCAUUUUGGAGUGUCUAAUGGCCAUUUGCAUCUUGUAGAGCUCAAUGGGUAUUGCAGAACUAAGAUUGACGUCUUUGAGAUGGAAAGAGAUUACUCCCAUUGGUUCCUCAAGUAUGAAAUUGACAUUGUUCCUAUAUUCAAAGAAAUUGUUGGUUGCAACAUGGAUUUUGCUUUCUCUGUGUUUUCUUUAAUUCAUGGAGAAGUUGAAGAAGAUUCAGUUUUGGUGCUGAACGUACGCGACACUAUCAUCUCCUACAGCUUCAGGGAUAACACUUUGAAGAAGCUUUGCCGUCUAGGUCCACAUGCUGGUUAUUAUCCAAAUCCAAGGUUACAACGGUCGUAUGGACGCUUUGAUGUUCAUCAGUACAUGGAGACUCUUUUUCCUGUUUGAUGAUGGAAUCAUGCCCGAAAAAAGGAGGUUGUGCUAGGUAGCUUAACAACCAGUGUAGAAUUUUUGUCAUCACCAAUAUGUCCCAGUAAAAUUAUUGGGAAAAGACUUACUGUUAUACAUUUAUGUAGUUUAAAUACUUUCAACUUUUAUGUUCUUUGUCAAAAUUUAUUCGAUUCAAGUGAUGUUUAAUGCUACUACUUGAAAAGUAGUCUUGUAUUUCCAA